GACGCGUGCGAGCUGGGGGCGCAGCUGCUGGAGCUGCUCCGGCUGGCGCUGUGCGCCCGAGUCCUCCUGGCUGACAAGGAGGGGGAGCCGAUCCCAUCAGAAGAAGUGCUGGACGAAACUGUACCAGAGUACCAGGCCCCUGGGAAGAAGAGCAUGCUGGCAAUCUGGCAGCUGGACCCUGAGGACAUGAGCCUGGUCAAGUACAAGCAGGCACUGCUGGGGCCCCUGCCACUCAUUACGGACCCCAGCCUGCCCAACGUGCAGGUGACUAGGCUGACAUUGCUGUCGGAUCAGGCUCCAAGGCCUAUCAUCAUGGACCUCACAGGAGACCUGGCUGCACUGAAAAACCAGGUGUUUGUCCUGAAGGAGGGCAUUGAAUACAAGGUGAAGAUCACCUUCAAGGUCAACAAGGAGAUUGUCAGUGGCCUCAAAUGUCUGCAUCACACCUAUCGUCGGGGACUACGUGUGGACAAGGCCAUCUUCAUGGUGGGCAGCUACGGCCCCAGGGCCCAGGAGUAUGAAUUUGUGACGACAGUGGAGGAAGCACCAAGGGGCGCAUUGGCACGUGGCCUCUACGUGGUCAGGUCCCGCUUCACCGAUGAUGACAGGCUUGACCACCUGUCCUGGGAGUGGGGCCUCCAUGUCUGCCAGGACUGGAAGGACUGAACCUACUUGGGGCCUGUGUUCCCAGUUUCUGUCAGUUGCAGAAGGACCUGCAAGCAUUCCCCAGACCCCCCAGUUGGUGACCUGAUGUCCCCCGCUCUGCUGUGUCCUGCCUCCCUGCCUGGUGCCCAUUAAAUGUGACCCUGUCUCGCU